AUGGCCAUGUUCCUUGUUGGUCGAUUCAUCGCAGGUGUUGGUGCGGCCAUCCUCGCAUGCAUCGUCCCUAUAUAUCAAGCUGAGUUUUCGACUUCUGAGACUCGAGGCACAAUGGUCGCAGUGACAGGGAUUAUGUAUGCCGUUGGAUAUACUCUAGCCGAAUGGCUUGGGUUUGCUUGCUACUGUAUGAAACCAGCUGGUCCUGCCGCGUCGUUUUCUUGGAGAUUUCCAUUGGCAUUUCAAGUGAUCUUUUCUCAUAUUGUUCUUGCUGGAAGCUCCUUGAUACCGUUCUCGCCUCGAUGGUUACUGCAGCAAGGAAAGACAGAGGAAGCUUUUGAAACCGUCAGGCGACUGCAUAGUACGCCAGAUGAUGUCCACCAUGCCAAAGCCGAACAGGAAUUCCAUCUUAUCGCAAGAGAAUUCGAGCAUAACAGAUCCAUGGCUAUCUGA